UGCGGUACAAAAUCUUCAUACUGCUGCCAAAAUCAUGGCCAUUAGUACGAACGGCAGAAUCAGUUUGUAUUGUUUUUGUGUAAACUUGACUGUACUUCUGGUUCCAUGUCUUGGAUAUUUAAACAGAACGCUGAAAAAUGUUGUGGAAGAUUAUUGGAUUGUCAUGUCAGUCGUAUACUCUUUGGGAAUACAAGCGCAUUUAUACUUAGUUUAUAAAAGAAGAGGCUAUGCAUACAAAGUUGCCUGGAGAUCUGGGAUUUUGGGAUUUUUUUUCGGACUUGGUUUACUUAUUACUGGUCUUGCUGCUUCAUCCUGGUGUGUUUUCGGAUGUUACAUGUCUCUGCUGAGUUUUUUUCACUUCUCUGAAUACCUCACCACCGCUAUCAUCAACCCCAAAUCUUUGAGCUUGGAUUCUUUCUUACUAAACCAUAGCAAGGAGUAUGGAGUUGCUGCUUUAUGUAGUUGGAUGGAAUUUUUUGUUGAAUGGUACUUUUUCCCUCAUUGGAAAGAAUUACGGUGGGUUACAGCUGUUGGAUUAUUUUUAUGUAUUGUGGGAGAGUUAGUGAGGAAGGGAGCAAUGUUUACUGCUGGAACAAAUUUUAAUCAUAUUAUACAGAGCCAUCGGGAGGAAGGUCAUGUAUUAGUAUCUCAUGGUCUUUAUGCUUGGUGUCGUCACCCUUCUUAUGUGGGUUGGUUUUGGUGGUCUGUGGGUACUCAGAUUGUUUUGUGCAAUCCUCUUUGCACACUUAUAUAUGCUGUAGCAUCAUGGAGAUUUUUUCGACAAAGAGUUGUCGAAGAAGAAAUAACUCUUUUGAACUUUUUUGGAGAAGAUUAUGUUAAUUAUCAGCGUCGUGUUCCCACAGGCCUGCCUUUCAUCAAAGGAUAUAGAUUAGAACUUUGAACAGAGAUAAUGAAUUAGUCUUGGAAAAUAAUGAAGUUUUGAGUGGAUAUGCUCUAUAAUGUAUGCAUAUGAAGAGUUGAAUUAAAUAUGAUCUUACAGUUCCUGUGCAAGAACUAUGUGAAUGCCUAAAAGAAAGAAAAUUAGUGAUCUUUUUCUGCCACUCUAAUUAGAGUGGUGUGAGCGGAUUACUUCUGAGUUGUGUACAUCAUUUUAAUGCUCACAAUCCCAGAUUCUGAAUUGCGAAGCCAUGUACAGAUAUUAUAAUGAGAGGUUUAGUCUAAUUUUUCUGCAGCUAAUUUUCUAAUGUGAAAUGAUAUAUCAAGUUACGUAAUAGAAAUCAUAGUGAAAUUAUCAUGAGUUGGAUAAUCAGCUAAGGAAUCGAGGAAAUUGUGCAUACCUCUACCAUUUGAAAUUAUCAUGUGUGCCAUAUUUGAAUGUUAAAAGUUUAUAUUGAAAUUUGGUGCUUUUGAUAACUGCAUUUAUAUUUAUAAUUUUACAUUAAUCAUUUGGCAGAUGUAGCUGUUAAUAUGGUCUUAAGUAUGUGAACAUCUAGAAGCAAUAAGAAUUAUAUUGUGUUCAUGAGAGAAUAAUAUUGUGAAUAGAAAGCAAGCAAUGAAAUAUCAAGCUUUGCAAUCAUGAACAAAAAAUUUUGCUGUAAUUUGAAGAAAUUACAGCAAAUUACAACAGAUGGAUUAAUUUUUAAUUAUUUAUUUCAGUAUACUGCUUUAAUCAUGUUACUUGCAUUACAGUAUUGCUCAACUGUACUGAUAUCAUAGUUGAGAAUUACUAAAAGAAAAUCAAGUCUUGAGAUCAUUAUCAAAAGAUAUUCCAUUUAAUUUUUUGUGUUACUUCUCAGAAAAAAGCAUGGAAUAUUUAUGUUUUAAUUGGAGACAACAAUAGUAUUCUUUAAAAGAUUAAAAAGAGAGACAGGGAGAAAGUAUUGCAGGCUAAGAUUGCAGUUUUAAAAUAGUUAAGAAGUCUGCAAUACUUUUUUAGUCAUGCACCAAGUAUUCAGAAAUAAAUAUUUCUUUAUAAGUUUUCUGUGGUUGUUAAUUUGUGAUUAAAAUUUGUAAUAGUGUAACAAAAUUAGAAUCAUUUAUUCAAUAUAUGAGAAUUUUAAUAUUGGACUAUUUUCUUAUGAUCUUAGGAAUAAACCUCAUCUGGCUACAUCAAAUUGUAUGUUGCCACAUUUUUAAAUGUAAACUGCAGCAUAUCAAAAUAAAAAUUGAAAUAAUUUAAUAAUUUGUUAAAUUUCAAACUAUUGUAUAGCUGCAGUUUGCAUUUUGUUAUUGCUGUCAUUAUUGCUAGUUGUAAAGUGAAGUGUAAUGAAUUUAUUAGCAAUUACCCACAAAGUAUGAAGAAAAUUAUUGUUAAUCAUGUAACUUUUAAUACGUAAUUGCAGACUUUACUCUGAGACACUUCAGUUUAUUUGCUUUUGUAUUUGGCUCUUCAUUAUAUUUGCUUGAAUUAUGUGAAUGCAGAAUAUAUUAAAAAAUAUUUGGAAAUUUAUAGAAAUUUGAAAAAAAAAUUAUGAAAAAUUGAGUUCUUUAAUAUUAUGGCCCUCAUUAUUUAAACAUUUCCAAGAGCCCUUUUGUUAAUAGACUUACUAAAAUAGAAGUACUACUCAAAGCUGUCCUUAUGAUGGACAGACUGUAGUUAAAACUGCUGGCAAUUUGCUAACUGUUUGCGAAAGCUCCAAGUAGCUUUGCCAUUUUGAUGCAGUUCUUUAAAGAGGUCUUGAAGGCAUUUAACUAGCAGGGGCUGUAAUAAACAGGAAGUACCGAAACAUACAUUUUCCUUAGAUGGGUACAAAGUAGUCGCCAGCAUUUUUUAUUUUUUUAUUUUGAGGGUGGCAUUCUUUGCUAUUCUUGAUAUUAGACCUGAAUUGUGUAUAUCAGCAGAGAGAUUACAAAUACAUUAAAACGAAAACACAGCAAACAAAAAUACCGAUAUAUUUAAUGAAACAUACAGUACCUGUCACUUAUUUAAACUCAUCCACUUAUUAUGUUCAGAUUUUCAGGAACGAAAACAGAAUAGAAAAUACACCACAUAUUAAACUGAGAUUGGCAAAAGACUGAUUCUCCAGUGCCAGAAUAUCUUACUUAUCAAAGCUUUUCGUAGUUCAUCCAUUUAACAAUUUUUUUCCCUCUACGAAUGGCAGGCCCUCAAUUGACUGCCUUGUCUACAAUUGACUCAAUUGACUGCUUGGCUUAAGUCAGAAGUGAUGGUAACUUUAUUAUGGAGGCUUCUAAUAGGUGGGCCACCUUUGUCUCCUAUGAAGGAACAUACAGUUACAGCCAUGUCUUCUUCGAGAUUGGAACCUGUGCUCUUUGUUAUCACGGUUGGCUCCACUAACCACUAUACCAUCUGGGCGACAUUAAUGAAUUGUAGACCGUGACUUUAUUAUUCAGAUAUGUGGUACUUCAAUAAAUAGGGUUUGACCCAAAUUUUUUUAUCCUUACCUGAUCCCUGUGCAUGUGAGAUGCUCCUUCCAGAGUUUUUUGUCUAUUAUGGACUUCAGAACUGCAGAAUUUCCUUUUUUUAAGUUUAAUAAAGACAUUUCUUUAAAGGUAUUGUAAAUGAGUAAGGGUUCCUUCUCAAAUAUUAGCUGAUAGGAAGUGAAGGUGUAACUUCUGUAUCCCAUGUUUUAAGGUUUACUUAUUCAAAAUCCUUCUCUUGGAAUAGGUACACCGCACAAAAAAAAAGGGGGGGGACAGUUCUAUAUCUCUCAUUCUACUGGGCCGAUUGACAAAAUUCAAAUUGUGUUUUUCAUGUCUUGAGAACACGA